AACCUCAGCGCCUCAAUCAUUACACCACGACCAAAAGCCAGCAAGUCACUCUCUGCUCAUCAAAAUCUUGCUAUUCUGGAAAUAUUCCCAACUACCAACCAGACGCGCACGACUACCGCGACAUAAUAGCCAUGGAGUCCGCCACCCAGUCUCCAGUCACCAUCAUCGUCAACAGCAUCCGCGGACAGAACAUCGCCUUCGCUGCAGCCAAAGACGCGCCUCUCACAGCCAUCUACGACACACUAUAUGAACGCGCGCCAUGGAUCCAGAACUCGUCCUACAUUCUCACCACGAACUCGCGCCGCACUGUACGCCAUGACGAGGCUCCCAUCUCAUCGCUCCUCUCGUCGCCAUCAGACACGUUUCUAUCGCUUCGUCUGACUGUUCCGCUUUGUGGUGGUAAGGGUGGUUUUGGGUCUAUCCUGCGCGCCCAGGGUGGUCGCAUGUCGUCGCGGAAGAAGCAAGGCGACGCGAAUGGAUCCUCUCGAAACCUGGAUGGAAGGCGGCUACGCACCGUCGAAGAAGCCAAGAAGCUUGCCGAAUACUUGACAAUCAAGCCUGAAAUGGAGGAGCGCGAGAAGGAAGAACGACGAAAGCGAUGGGAAGACAUUGUCGAAAGCACUGAGCGGAAGCAGGAGGAGCUCAUGCACAGCCGAGGUACAGCACGGCUCGACGGCAAAUGGGUCGAAGAUAAGGAGGAGGCAGAAAAUAAGACGCGAGAGGCCAUCGAGAAGAUGCUGAUGGCUCAGAGGGAUAGCUCUGAGGAGGCCGAGGACGAUGUGCAGCCUACAGCUUCAGGGUCAGUGACCAUUCCGCAGCGAGCAAUAUUUGGGUGGGACGACGAAGAUGACGAGUUCUUGAGCGACAAAAUCCCGGAAGACGGCGUCGAGUCACAUGUUGAGGGCAAAGGCAAGGCAGUAGCUUUUUGA